CGCGGCGGCCGGGUGGGUGUCGGCGGGGCAGUCCGGCGGGCAGCGGCGGUUCCGGUGCGGCACAGCGGGCGGACGAGCGAGCGGGACGAGCUGAGCGGGACCGAGCGGGAUGCGGAGCCGCCGCCGCCGCUUCCCCCGCCUCCUGAGAGUCUGAGACCCGCCGGGCCGCGCCCCCCCCCCAGGCCCGCAGUCCGAGCGUUCCGAGCGCGGGCCGGGCCCAGCGCCGGCCGCGGCUGCGUCCCCGUCCAGUCUUCGGCGGCCCGCCCCCUGCCUGCGCCCCCCCCCCCAUGCGCGGCGCCCAUGCGGACUGAGCCCCGCCCCCCGGCCCCGAGCCCGCCGAGCGCCGCUGCCGGAGCCCGCGCCGCCCACCCGCACCAUGCUCAAGUGCAUCCCGCUGUGGCGCUGCAACCGGCACGUGGAGUCGGUGGACAAGCGGCACUGCUCGCUGCAGGCCGUACCCGAGGAGAUCUACCGCUACAGCCGCAGCCUGGAGGAGCUGCUGCUCGACGCCAAUCAGCUGCGCGAGCUGCCCAAGCCCUUUUUCCGGCUGCUGAACUUGCGCAAGCUGGGCCUGAGCGACAACGAGAUCCAGCGGUUACCUCCCGAGGUGGCCAACUUCAUGCAGCUGGUGGAGCUGGACGUGUCCCGGAACGAUAUCCCUGAGAUCCCAGAGAGCAUCAAAUUCUGCAAAGCUCUGGAGAUCGCGGACUUCAGCGGGAACCCCCUUUCCAGGCUCCCCGAUGGCUUCACUCAGCUGCGCAGCCUGGCUCACCUGGCCCUGAAUGAUGUGUCCUUGCAGGCACUGCCCGGGGACGUGGGCAACCUCGCCAACCUGGUGACCCUGGAGCUCCGGGAGAACCUGCUCAAGUCCCUGCCAGCGUCCCUGUCUUUUCUGGUCAAGCUGGAACAGCUGGAUCUGGGAGGCAACGACCUGGAAGUGCUGCCGGACACCCUGGGGGCUCUGCCUAAUCUUCGGGAGCUGUGGCUUGACCGGAACCAGCUGUCAGCACUGCCCCCGGAGCUCGGGAACCUGCGGCGGCUGGUGUGCCUGGACGUGUCGGAAAACCGGCUGGAGGAGCUGCCUGCUGAGCUCGGCGGGCUGGUGCUGCUCACUGACCUGCUGCUGUCCCAGAACCUGCUGCGGCGGCUGCCCGACGGCAUCGGUCAGCUGAAGCAGCUGUCCAUCCUAAAGGUAGACCAGAACCGGCUGUGUGAGGUGACCGAGGCCAUCGGGGACUGUGAGAACCUCUCAGAGCUGAUCCUCACGGAGAACCUGCUGAUGGCCCUGCCACGCUCCCUGGGAAAGCUGACGAAGCUGACCAACCUCAACGUGGACCGGAACCACCUGGAGACGCUGCCACCAGAGAUCGGGGGCUGCGCGGCACUCAGCGUCCUCUCCUUGAGGGACAACCGCCUGGCCGUCCUGCCGCCGGAGCUGGCCCACACGGCCGAGCUGCACGUGCUGGACGUGGCAGGGAACCGGCUGCAGAGUCUGCCGUUCGCGCUCACCCACCUCAACCUCAAGGCCCUGUGGCUGGCAGAGAACCAGGCGCAGCCCAUGCUGCGGUUCCAGACAGAGGAUGACGCCCGGACUGGCGAGAAGGUGCUCACCUGCUACUUGCUGCCCCAGCAGCCCCCAUCCAGCCUCGAGGAUGCUGGGCAGCAGGGGAGCCUCUCGGAGAGCUGGAGUGAUGCCCCCCCGAGCCGCGUCAGCGUCAUCCAGUUCCUGGAGGCCCCCACAGGUGAUGAGGAUGCUGAGGAAGCUGCAGCCGAGAAGCGGGGCCUGCAGCGCCGGGCCACACCUCACCCCAGCGAGCUCAAGGUGAUGAAGAGGAGCAUCGAGGGGCGGCGGAGCGAGGCCUGUCCUUGCCAGCCAGACCCUGGGUCGCCCUUGCCUGCGGAGGAGGAGAAGCGGCUGAGUGCCGAGUCUGGCCUGAGUGAAGACUCUCGCCCGUCUGCCAGCACGGUCUCUGAGGCUGAGCCCGGGGGCCCAUCGGCUGAGGCACAGGGUGGAAGCCAGCAGGAAGCCACGGCUGCUGGUGGGGAGGAAGACGCCGAAGAGGACUAUGAGGAGCCUGCAGUGCAUUUUGCGGAGGACGCACUGCUGCCCGGUGAUGACCGGGAGAGCGAGGAGGGGCAGCCGGAGGCCCCCUGGACCCUGCCGGGCGGGAGGCAGCGGCUCAUCCGCAAGGACACGCCUCACUACAAAAAGCACUUCAAGAUCUCCAAGCUGCCCCAGCCGGAGGCCGUUGUGGCCCUGCUGCAGGGCAUGCAGCCCGAUGGGGAGGGCCCUGUGGCUCCCGGGGGCUGGCACAAUGGCCCCCACGCACCCUGGGCUCCUCGGGCCCAGAAGGAGGAGGAGGAGGAGGAGGAAGAGGAGGAAAACAGGGCUGAAGAGGAGGAGGCCAGCACUGAGGAGGAGGACAAGGAGGGGCCCGUGGCUUCUGUGCCCUCUGUCAAGGGGGUGUCGUUUGACCAGGCCAAUAACCUGCUGAUAGAGCCUGCUCGCAUUGAGGAGGAAGAGCUGACCCUCACCAUCCUGCGGCAGACUGGGGGUCUGGGCAUCAGCAUUGCGGGCGGCAAGGGCUCCACACCCUAUAAGGGGGACGACGAGGGCAUAUUCAUCUCUCGGGUGUCCGAGGAAGGCCCUGCGGCCCGGGCUGGAGUCCGCGUGGGUGACAAGCUCCUGGAGGUGAAUGGCGUGGCUCUGCAGGGUGCCGAGCACCAUGAGGCCGUGGAGGCGCUCAGGGGGGCCGGCACUGCCGUGCAGAUGCGCGUGUGGCGGGAGCGCAUGGUGGAGCCUGAGAACGCGGUCACCAUCACGCCUCUGCGACCUGAGGACGACUACAGCCCCCGGGAGCGGCGGGGAGGGGGGCUGCGCCUGCCCCUGCUCCCAGCUGAGAGCCCUGGGCCCCUCCGGCAGCGCCCCGUGGCCGGCCUGGCACGCAGCGAGAGGGGGCUGGGCUUCAGCAUUGCUGGCGGGAAAGGCUCCACGCCAUACCGGGCUGGUGAUGCGGGCAUCUUCAUCUCCCGCAUUGCCGAGGGCGGUGCUGCUCACCGUGCGGGCACACUGCAGGUUGGCGACCGCGUCCUCUCUAUUAACGGAGUGGACGUGACUGAGGCCAGGCAUGACCACGCCGUCUCCCUGCUGACUGCUGCCUCCCCCACCAUCGCCCUGCUGUUGGAGCGGGAGGCUGGGGGCCCUCUUCCUCCCAGUCCUCCGCCACAUUCCUCCUCACUCCCCACCGCUGCUGUUGCCAUCGCCAGCACCAGCACCACCACCACCAGCAUAACCACUGCCACCGCCGGGGAGCCUGGGUUGCCGAGCCUGGCCCCCAGCCUGCUGGCCGCCACCUUGGAAGGGCCAUACCCAGUGGAGGAGAUCCGUCUGCCAAGAGCUGGGGGCCCUCUGGGGCUUAGCAUUGUCGGAGGCUCUGACCAUUCCAGUCACCCGUUUGGUGUCCAGGAGCCUGGUGUAUUCAUCUCCAAGGUGCUCCCGCGGGGCCUGGCCGCUCGCAGCGGCCUCAGGGUUGGGGACCGCAUCCUGGCAGUGAACGGGCAAGACAUGCGGGACGCCACGCACCAAGAAGCAGUGAGCGCCCUGCUCCGGCCCUGCCUGGAGCUGUCGCUGCUGGUGCGGAGGGACCCGGCGCCCCCGGGCCUACGGGAGCUGUGCAUCCAGAAGGCGCCCGGGGAGAGGCUGGGCAUCAGCAUCCGCGGGGGUGCCAGGGGCCACGCCGGCAACCCCCGCGACCCUACGGACGAGGGCAUCUUCAUCUCCAAGGUGAGCCCUACAGGGGCGGCCGGGCGCGACGGUCGGCUGCGUGUGGGUUUGCGGCUGCUGGAGGUGAACCAGCAGAGCCUGCUGGGCCUGACGCACGGCGAGGCAGUGCAGCUGCUGCGUGGUGUAGGUGACACGCUCACCGUGCUGGUCUGCGACGGCUUCGACGCCAGCUCCUCGGCAGCCCUGGAGGGGUCUGCAGCAGGCCUCAGCAGCGUCCAAGGGCUCUUCACCGGUGCCCGGGUGUGCAGGCUGGCUUCCCACCCGAGUGGGCGGCAGGGCCGCAAGAAGGUGUCCCCAGGUGUCAUUGCCAACCCCUUUGCGGCAGGCGUCAGCCACCGGAACAGCCUGGAGAGCAUCUCUUCCAUCGAUCGGGAGCUAAGCCCCGAGGGCCCAGGCAAGGAGAAGGAGCCGCCUGGACAGACCCUGCGCUGGGGGCCCGAGGCCACAGAAGCCACGGGUCGGGGUCUGCAGCCCCUGAAGCUGGACUACCGUGCCCUGGCUGCCGUGCCCAGCGCUGGUGGCGUGCAGAGGGUACCGUCUGGAGCAGCUGGAGCGAAGAUGGCCGAAGCCCCCUGCUCCCCUAGUGGCCAGCAGCCGCCUUCCCCGCCUUCCCCGGACGAGCUGCCCGCCAAUGUGAAGCAGGCCUACAGGGCCUUCGCGGCCGUGCCCACUUCUCACCCUCCUGAGGACGCCCUCGCCCAGCCCCCCACGCCUGGACCUGCAGCCUCCCCGGAGCAACUGUCCUUCCGGGAGCGGCAGAAGUACUUUGAGCUGGAGGUGCGCGUGCCCCAGGCUGAGGGCCCUCCUAAGCGUGUGUCCCUGGUGGGUGCUGACGACCUGCGGAAGAUGCAGGAGGAGGAAGCCAGGAAACUACAGCAGAAGAGAGCGCAGAUGCUGCGGGACGUGGCAGAGGCUGGGGCCGAAGCGAGGCUCGCCCUGGACGGGGAGGCGCUGGGCGAGGAGGAGCAGGAGGAUGAGGAGCCACCCUGGGCCGGCCCGAGCCCCUCCUCAAGGCAGAGCCCAGCGUCCCCCCCACCCCUGGGAGGCGGCGCCCCGGUGAGGACGGCCAAAGCUGAGCGGCGCCACCAGGAACGGCUGCGCGUGCAGAGUCCGGAGCCACCAGCGCCCGAGCGUGCCCUGUCCCCUGCCGAACGCCGGGCCCUGGAGGCUGAGAAGCGUGCGCUGUGGAGGGCAGCCAGGAUGAAGUCGCUGGAACAGGACGCUCUCCGAGCACAGAUGGUCCUCAGCAGGUCCCAGGAGGGCCGGGGCACGCGGGGGCCCCUGGAGCGACUGGCCGAGGCCCCUUCCCCUGCGCCCACCCCAUCGCCCACCCCUUUGGAAGACCUCGGCCCCCAGACCAGCACCUCCCCGGGACGCCUGCCCUUGUCUGGAAAGAAGUUUGACUACAGGGCCUUUGCCGCCCUGCCUUCUUCCAGACCUGUCUAUGGCAUCCAGUCACCGGACUUUGCUGAGGAGUUGAGGUCCCUGGAACCAUCUCCCAGCCCUGGCCCGCAGGAGGAGGAUGGAGAAGUGGCUCUGGUGCUUCUGGGCAGGCCCGCACCUGGCGCUGUGGGCCCUGAAGAUGUGGCGCUCUGCAGCAGCCGUCGCCCCGUAAGGCCUGGGCGCCGUGGCCUGGGCCCUGUGCCCUCCUAGAGGAGCAGGCGCCUCCCCCAGACUUGGGGUGGGGGCCUUGCCAGCUCCAGCACCACCCGUGCCCCAAGUCUUUUAACCUGGGUGUUAGCAUUUUAAAGAGACCCUGCAGGAAUUCUGGCCUCUGACUAACUGCCCCACCCCAGCCGAGACCUCGGCGAGACUGUAACUAGUGAUGUUUGUACAACCAAAGACUCUAUUUUGUGGUUUAAGGAGAAUAAAGUUGACUACAUUUUA